UUUUUUUUUUUUUGACUCCGGGGGUUUCUUUUUCUCUUCAAUCUUCCGCUUGCUGCGCCGCUGCGGCUCUGCUGGUUUGCGUAGCGGAGGCGGAGGGGUUUCCGUUUUCCUUCGCUUCGCCGGAAACCGAUUCCUUCAAGAACCUCGAAUCGCAUCUCCCGAAGCCACCGUACCGCCUUUGACUCGCUCCUUUCCCAGAAAAAAAAAACCAUUCCUUUAUCCGUUUCCCUUUCUUGCCCUCUUGCCUUCCCGAUCCGUGCUCGCAAUCUGAUUGCACGAGUUCCCUUUGUGAUUCCGAGGGAUUUUCCGACUGCUUCCUUGGCUUUGGAGUUUCGGUUUAGUUAAAAGGGAAAUAAAAAUCGGAGCUUGGGCUGUCGGGGUGCGAUUUCUGGCAUGGGCGACCUGCAGGCCUGGCCGCCACUCGCCAACGUAGGCUCUUUGGAAGAGGUUUGCCACCCGCUGCAGCCGCAUCAGCUUCCGGUUAACCCUGACCCAUCGGUGAUCAGCGCGGUAAACUGGCAGGUUGCCGAGAAGGCGACCCAAGAUGUUCUCCGGUGCAUUCAACCGACCGUGGUGUCCGAGCAUAGGCGGAAAAGCGUUGUCGAGUAUGUGCAGAAUCUUUUGAAGAGAUGUAUUGGAACUGAGGUGUUUCCAUUUGGAUCAGUUCCAUUGAAGACUUAUCUUCCUGAUGGAGAUAUUGAUCUUACUGCAAUAGGCUAUCCAAAUUCUGAAGAUGCUCUGGCAAAUGAUGUCUGGUCUGUUCUUGAUGGAGAAGAACGGUUCAAGGAUGCUGAAUUUUCAGUAAAGGAUGUACAGUGUAUUAAUGCAGAGGUUAAACUUGUUAAAUGCGUUGUUGAUAACAUUGUUGUGGAUAUAUCCUUCAAUCAGAUUGGUGGGCUUUGUACUCUUUGCUUUCUAGAGAAGGUGCACAUUAAAAGGGCUAAAAGCCUUGGCAGUGCAACAUUUAAGUCAAAAUUUGAUUAUUUCAAAGUUGAUCGAAAAAUUGGCAAGGACCAUCUCUUCAAACGCAGUAUAAUAUUGAUAAAAGCUUGGUGCUACUAUGAGAGUCGUGUUCUUGGUGCUCAUCAUGGUUUGAUUUCUACAUAUGCACUGGAGACACUCGUGUUGUAUGUUUUCCAUCUCUUCCAUAAAUCUUUGGAUGGUCCUUUAGCGGUUCUGUAUAGGUUUCUGGACCUCUACAGCAAGUUUGAAUGGGACAAGCACUGUGUCAGUUUACAAGGCUUGGUUUCUGUUUCAUCAUUGCCAGAACUAGUAGUAGUUGAUAUGGCAAACUCGAAUGCGAGUGAUUUACUGUUUAGCAAUGCAUUUAUUAAGGAGUGUGUGGAGAAGUUUUCAGCUCCUUCAAGAUUUUCAGAAACAUCGUCCAAGGUGUUCUCAAAAAAGCACCUGAAUAUUGUGGACCCCCUAAAACAGAAUAAUAAUCUUGGACGCAGUGUUAGCAAAGGUAACUUUUAUCGUAUACGAAGUGCAUUUACUUAUGGUGCUCGAAAACUUGGCCGGAUACUUCAAUUGCCUAUGGAAAAUAUUGCUUCUGAAAUUGGCACAUUUUUUACAAGCACUCUGGAGAGGCAUGGAACUGGAGAAAGACCAGAUGUUCUAUCUGCAUCUAUUAACUCAUCAGAUGAACUAGAGAGGCAUGGAACCGGAGAAAGACCAGAUGUUCUAUCUGCAUCUCCUUAUUCAUCAGAUGAUCUGCACACGAGCACUACAACGAAAAGUGGUCUCAAUGGAGAUGUUCCAGUUAAGGAUUUGGAUUCAGAUUGCAGAGAGCCUGCUAGUUUAGAAGCUUUGGAUUUGACUGUUGUUGAUAGUUCUGCUUCUUCAUCUCAUGAUCAGAUUGGUGACUCACCAUCAGAAGAUGCUUCUCGUGCACAGCACUUAUUCUUCUACACAGAAAAUGGUUCUAAGGAUGUGAUACUUGAUACUUUGAAUUUGAGAGACGCCACAAGUAAAGAUACAUCUUUGAGCAAGUCUAAAGUCCCUAGGGAAGAAAUCUACUAUGAAACUGAGUUACUUGGUACUAAUAAAUUGUGGCUUAGAACCAACUCAAUGCCUGGAUCCACUGGAAGCAUUCAUGGGUCUUCAAGGAUAAGUUGGAAUUCCAAACUAUCAGAACAUUCAGUUAAUGCAGAUUUCUCAAGUGAGGACAAUGGAAAUACUAGAAAUCCCAAGUGUGGCAAAUUAUCAGAUCUCAUUGGUGAAUUCGAUUUACAUGAUAGGAAUCUCCGAUAUGCUUUGGAGUCACAGGGGCAAGAAUAUUUCAUGAAUCAAUACAUUGUCCAUGUUCGUGGAUUAUCUCCUCAAUAUCAAAAGCAGCACUCAUGGAAUGGCAUUCAUCAUAGGAGUAUUUACCCUCAUAUGGCACCAAAUCAUCUGAUUCCUGCAUCGCCAUUUUCUCCAACUGCCUACCCUAUGAAUCAAUCAAUGAUAACUGGUGUUUAUUGUGCUAAAGAUGUCCAGAAAAGGGGAACUGGAACAUACUUUCCUGAUCCGAAUUCUCGCUCAUACAAAGAACGACAAUCACCUGGGAGAAGAAAGAAUCCAGUAUCUCCAAAUCAUUUGUCAAGAUCCCGCAAUAACGGCCGUUUGGAUGGGCAACAAGAUAGGAACUUGCUAGAAGAAGGAAAUGAUGAACCAUUGUCACAACCCCAUUCACCUGUUUACUGUGUAAAUGAUCAUGGAAAACCAGCUUUAUUGGAUGCCCCUCAAUCUCAACAUUCACGCCCUGGCUUUAGGGGCAUUUCAAAUGCCAAUGACUCUGUACAUCAGCUAAAUGGAAAACUUGAAUUUGGGUCCCUUGGUCCUGUUCCAUUAAGAGUCUCCUUAGAGCAAAGCAGCAGGCAUGAAUCAACUAGUCCUAGUCAGCACAAUGCUCCAACAAUUGCUGUGAAUCAGCGACCCUCACUGAGCAUAAAAUGUGAAAGGACUAUUCAACCCUAUCAGCUAAAAGACGAAGACGACUUCCCCCCGCUGAGCGGCUAACAUCUGAGGCGAUUAGAAGUGCAGAAAAGAGAGGUACUUGUAAUAGCUUGCAGGGGAGUUGCAUAGGGGUUGUUAUCUGAUUGUUGUUGUAUGGGAGUUGUUUUCUUGUACAUUCUACUAUAGAGGGUGUAAACAAAGUUGCCCGACCAGUUUUCAGAUACCGGUGCUGUAAAAGAUCGGUUUGGUUUGGUUUGGUUUGGUUUUAGUAGAAGAGGAUGCUGUAAGUAGGAGAAUGGAGCCCCUAAUAGAUUUGCUAUUUCCAAGCGAGUUCUGAUA